AAUUAGACAAUAUUUUAUUUUAUAAUAAUUACAGCAAAUUUUUGAAUAACUUGAAUAACUAAAUAAACUCUAGUUUAUUUCAAAAUGUCGCGGUUAUUGUUGACAAAUUUGAAAACUGGCCCAACCACACAUUUGCUUUCUACGAUAAGUACAAAUACAUGUUUUACUCCAGGUCUGAAUCAUGUGGAGCGCCGGCAACAGAUUCAUCUUACGUCAACAUGUAGUGAAAUACGAAAAUUAGCACGGUUGCGUGUAGUAGAUAAUAGUGAAAUUGGAAAACGUGCCAUGGCAGAAGGAAAACCACCAAGAUGCAUUCAUGUAUAUAAUAAGCGUUCUGUGGGUUAUAUUGGUGACAAAGUGCUUGUUGCCAUUAAAGGUCAAAUGAAGAAGGGUAUAUUGGUUGGAUUAAAGCAAAACCAGAAACUAAAGAUACCGAAGUUUGACAGCAACAAUAUUGUACUAAUCGAUGAUAAUGGCAGCCCUCUAGGUACGCGCAUUCACGUACCCAUUCCAACAGUUCUUCGUACCAUACUUAAAGAAAAAACACAGGCUAAAGGAGCGGAUUAUACAAAGGUUCUGGCUAUAGCAAGCAGAUUUGUUUAAAAUUGUGUCAAUAAAUUUAACCUACUUUGUUGUUAA